GUUUUAAGAUAGUCAUCAUAAAUAUUACCUUGCGCUACUUGACUUCAAGUUAUGUGAUUUCUGGUUUUAUGUUUUCGAAGGCUCUUAAACCGGGAAAGGUCUACGGUUUCGGUUGAGUUCUUCAAGAACAAAUGAAACAAAUGUUUUUGCAAUAUUAAUUCCAUAAAAUAUAAAUAUAAAUUUGUGAGCUACAAUGGUGAUGGAAGAACAGCAGACAGAUAUGGAACUUGAUUCAGAGAGGGUUCCUGUUCCUCAAGUACAGAAACCAGUCGAAGAUCCCCAUGUGGAUUCAGUAAACAAUGUUGCUAGCGCUCCACGAGGAAAACCUAGGCUUAGAAAAAAAGCAUUACAUGCUGCAAUACUGAAGCAAAUGGAAUUUUACUUCAGCAAUGCAAAUUUAACCAAGGAUCGCUUUUUAAGCAAUUUAAUUAAAAAGGAUCCAUAUGUUGAUCUCACAGUUUUCACCACUUUUAAUAAAAUACGAGAAUUAACUACCAAUACCAGUAGAAUAUGUAAGGCAUUAGAAUCGUCAAAAAUAUUAGCAACGUCUGAAGAUGGAACAAAAGUUCGUCGUAUAACACCAAUAGUAUCAAAAAAAAAUACAGAUGAUUGUACGCUUUACGUACAAAAUUUACCACCAGAUGCAGAUCAUGAAAUGUUAAAUGCAAUAUUUUCUCAAUAUGGUUCAGUAGUGUAUGUUUCAAUUCCACGGUACAAACAAACCAAAAAGAUAAAGGGAUUUGCAUUUGUGGAGUUCGAUACACCAAAUAGUGUCAAAACAUGUUUAAAAGCUUUUCAAAAGAAAGGAUGUGUUUUACCAUCACACACAUCUCCUGAUGAACUUUUAAGUAUCACAACGUUUGACGAUACAGAAAAGGAUGUGACACUGGAGGGAAAGAAAAAGUCAAGUGACAACAAAAUGGAAGAAUCAGAAAAUGUUGAAACUGAAAUAAAUGAAAGUUUGGAAAGUAAUGAAGAAGACACAACAUUAAAUCAUACUUCGGAGCAUCCUGAGAACAAAGAUGAAAAUGAAAUACAAAAAAGUAAACAUCAAGAUGGAGAAUUAUCUGACUCAGUUGAAACAGAACAUGAAACACACAAUGAGAGUAUAAAGAAUAAUAUUUCUGUGGAUUCACCAAAGAAGUCACUUAAGCGUAAAAGAAGUGAAGGACAAAUGCUAGACAAUGGUAAUGAAAGUGAACAAAUGGUAACCGAAAAUAGUACGCUUGUUGCAGAUGAGCAAGAAGAUACAAGUGAGAAGAAGAAGAAAAGAAAACGUAAAAGGCGCAGUAAAGUAGAGGAUAUUAGUGUCACCAUGGGAUUGCAAGUGAUGACUAAAAAAGAGUGGAAACAUCUACGAAACAAAUAUUUAGAAUUACAAAGAAGUAAAAUGAAGCAGUUAAAGCAACAUCUCAGGAAAACCAGAUGGAAUCAAUGGUCAAAUUAUGAAAAAAAUAAACCAGAAAAGGAGGAAACCAAUGAGAAAGAAAAAACUAAUAAGCAAGAUAACGCAAGUGCAUGUCGUUUUUCAUUUAUUCCAGGAGUUAUAGUUAAAAUUGAAAUGGAAAAACCAUGCACAGAUCCAAAAUUGCUCAAGAUGGAAUUAAAAGGCAGUAAUUCUGUAAAAUACAUAGAUAUCACGGAAGGAUCUUUUCUUGCUUUUGUAAGGUGUGAUACACCUGAAGGAGCGCGAGCACUUGCACAAAAAUCUGAUGAAGAAAGACAUAUGACUAUACUUGAAGGUGAAGAAGAACAAGUGUAUUGGGAUAAAAUUUUACAUGAUAGAGAGGAAAAACUGGGUAAAAAGAUUCGGCCUAAACAGAGGGGAAGAAACAAGCUAUUAAAGAAGGCAGAGAAAGAACUUGGAAAGCAUAUUAAAUUUGAUGAGGUAUAAUAAUGAAGAUACAAUUUUGUUGUGAAAUCUGUUUAAUAUUUGUAUAUAAAACAUAUGCUUUUAUAUAACGUAUCAGUUGUGGAAGCAGAGAUCACAUGUACUAACAAAAUAUUGAACAUAAAUGAAGUACUGUUUCAA